UUUCUUUUCAUCCCAAUUAUUCAAGCGUGUAUAUGCUUUCUCUCUCUUCCUUCUAACAACAACAACACGCGCUUUUCCUUUCUCUCUCUAGAACUAACUUUCUCUCUCUAGCAAAAAUUAUGGGAACUGCAAUUCUUCGUUCCCACGAUUGUCUUCAACGUCGAUUUCUCCCAAACGAUGCCUUAUCAAUCCCUUCCUCACAAAUCAGAUCCAGAAAAAACUCUAACCCUAACCCUAAUUGCAAAUCCUAUGUCAACAACAACAACCACCACAAUCGUCGCCGGAAAAGAAGUCCAGUCACCACCGGUCAAUCAAAUCAACAUGAUCGGAAACAAUCCGUUGAUCGUACGGUGGCGCCGACGAAGCUUGUUAUGGGACAAGUUAAGAUUCUCAAAAGAGGCGAGAAAUUGAGUCCGGAGAUCGUUGUUCCGGUGGCGGAGGAUCAGAAGGUGAAGGCGGUGAAGGCUAUGGAUUUGGUAUUGGGCUCAACGGAUCGGUUUGGUCCUGAUCCAAUUACCAUGCAGAAACAGAUUAGGGUUUCAGAUUCGGUUUCGAAGGACGUGAUUUACGCUGGAUCGGGGUUUGUUUCAUCUCCACCACCGAGUUCCGUUCCGGUUCCAGGAUUUCUAGGGAAGAACGGUGUUGCAACAAGUGAUUUGAGGCGGUUACUUCGACUUGAUUUGGAAUAAUUAGUUUCUACUUUAUUUCUUUCUUUGGUGUUUGUUUACUUUCUGCUGAAGUAGAUGAUGAUGAUGGAUCGUUGUUUUUUUUUUGUUCGUGUUGUCCCUAGCGUGCUUCCUUUAUUUUUUCAAGAGGAUUGUACGUGGGGUGCGAACGUAUGAAGAAAUUUGAAGAAGCGUUGAAAUUGAAGCAAGGAUAGUAGUGAAGAUGAAGGUUUAAUUUUCAGUUCAGUGUUUAGUUCCUAAUAGAGGACUAGUUACAGUUAGGUUUUGUGGUUAUAGUUAGUUCAUAUGUUGAUGACAAAAGGGAUUAAAGAAAUUGUAAUUUCCUUAGUCUGAUAGACGUGAAUAUAGACUAUAGGGUGUUUGAAUUUAGAAUUUUUGUUUGUCAAGUCCAGUCCAGGUGUUUGAUUUUCAUAUGUGGAAGAUUGAUUUUCAUGUAUGUAAGAAUAAAGUUUGUUUUUUCAGGUCAUUGGUUGUAAUUCUGUCUUUGUUUUCGUAUUGAUGUAGUUGAUUGGUGAAAUUCAAUGGUAAUAGAAAGUUUUUAGUGUUACA